AUGGUCGCUGCUGCGUAUGAGGCAAAAGGCGAAUGCGAUAUUGGAGUGAUCAUCGGAACUGGAACAAAUGCCUCCUAUAUGGAGGACUCAAAAAGGAUCAUUCAUGGUUUGGCGAACGCAAGUGAACCUUAUAAUCACAAACAGAUGAUUAUCGAUACAGAAUGGGGAGGAUUCGGCGAUAACGGAGAAGCCGACUACAUAUUUACCCAGUACGAUAAAAUCAUAGAUGAACGAUCUGAUCAUCCUGGAGUGAACUCACUCGAUAAAUUGGUUGCCGGUAUGUGUAUGGGUGAAAUUGUUCGUCUUGUUCUUGCAAAGCUGUGUACCCAUAAGGUAAGCUGCAGCCUGAAGUCACAGUACUCUGUUUGA